AUGCAUAGAGAAAAUAAUUGUGAUGAUAAGAGUAGGAGUAGAAGUCGCAGUAAGUCAAGCAAAAGAUACAUCUAACAUAACCAAGUUUAAAAUUGUAUAGAGGUGAAACAUCAAAAAGAAGGAAAUGAUUAAAAAAUUGAUAAUAAAGAAUGUAUUUCUCAUAAUUCUAGUCCUAUUAGAAAAUAAGAAGAACUCCAUAAGAGUGAUUAAUUUAAUAAGUAUAUAUUGUUUUUAUGCAGAGAAAGCAAAGAAGAAUAUAAGUUCUUUGAUCAGAUUUAGGGUAUCAAUCUAGAGCCUAAUAAUUAAUUUUAAAUACAAUUUGAAAAUCAAGAACAAGGAGAAAGUAAAUUUUUAUCAAUAUCUCUACCUUAUUAAGAAAUAAGAAUAAACUAAAAAAUGAUUUUAAAUAAAUAGCCAUCUUAAUUGAUCACUAUAAAUGACAGCAGUUAAGAAGAAGAUGAAAAUGUUUAGAGUAUUUAAUUUCAAGGUAGUUCACAUCUUCAUAAUUAAUAAUUUGAUAAUAAUAGAAAGAGAUUAUUAAGAAAUUGUAUUUUAUGGUAAAAAUUAAGAAUUUAGAGACCAUUAAUUAAAAGAACAUCUUAAUAUUUAAAAUAAAUAAAAUAAAAGAAAUAAUCUUUUGAAUGCAUUGAUUUAACAAAUGAUGAUAAUAUAUAAUCCUUUUUUGGACUUAAUCAUCCUAUGCUAUAAAGUUCUAUGAAUUAUCAUAAAAAAAUAUUAUUUGAAUUAGUUGAGCCAUAUGAAUAUUAAUGUGGAAACUUUAUGAUUAGUUUAGGAAUCCAUAGUCAUUAUACUGCAAUUGUGACACUACCUAUACUAUCUUAAACAAAAUCUAUUUAUUAUUUAUUUAUGAUGUUCAAAUUUGAUUCAAAAAACAUUUAUUGUAUGGUUCCUGAAGAUGACUAAACAACAUUACUGGUUAGUUCGAAUAUUUAAUCACUUUAUUAUUACUGUAACUCUAAUAAUCAAUAAAAGAAAUAUAAUAAUACAACCUCUUUAGAAAGUACGCUAAAAUACAAAUUUCCCUAUAUCUAUCCACCUCUAAUUAGAAAAUUUAUAGUUUCUUAUAAAAAAAAUGAUUCAUAGAUUCUAUAUCAUAUAAAUUAUGAUUCACAUGCUACUCAAUUAGCGAUUGAAGAUUAUUAUUGGGAUAAUCCAGGACAUUUAAUUACAGGUACUAGUCAUCCUAUUUUAAAAAUGUUAUUAUUAAAAUCCCAAAAUAAUUAGAUUCCUUAAUUUUAUGAUAAAUUUAUUAGUGGUCCACUCUAUGAAGGACAAUUUAGUUUAAAAGCUUGUCUUUAAUAAAAUGGUAAUCUUAUUGUUGUGGAGAGAAGGUAAUAAUAAUAAUAAUUGAUUUUAUAUUAGAUUCUUAAGUCCCUUUUCUUAUGGUUUUCAUAAUAUUAAAAUUGAAAUUAAUCGAACAACAAAUCUUAUUGUUAUGAAACAAAAUGGAAAAAAUUAUGAGAUCUAAUCAAAAUCCAUCCAACUAUUUUGGAAUGAAGUUCUAUAAAAAUACUUAUAAUUAUAUCAUUCGUAUUAUCUUAUAUUAAGUUUAGAAAAUAGUUGUAUAAUUACUUUGUUGAUAUGAUUAAUUAAGAUAGAAAGAUCUUAGAAAAGUACUAGAAAUGGAAUUAACUAUAUUAAUAUAUGAGCAAAUCUAAUUAAUUAAAAUCUAAUAAGUCAAAUGAUAACACUAUCAUCCUGAACAAUAAAAAAUUCUUUUGUUAUUCAAUAGAAAAAAUAAAAAAUGGAAACAACAUUAAAUAUUAAUGA